AUGCAGCAUGCACCCUCACGAGCGAGAGCCUUCGCAGGCGCGGUACGAGCGAUGCAAGCCCAGAGAGAACGCUGGACCAGCAGGCCGAGGACGAGACAGACUCGAGCCCCAGGCAGAGCUGGGCUUCGGACCGGACGCCGCGGAGCGACUCGCCGGAGACCCCGCGGCCUGAGGUCACGAAGGUUCCUGCGCGAGAGGCUGCACCUGCCAAAGCUGCGAAUCCAGUGA